CAUAUUCAUCACGACCUUCGUAUUUUGAUGUUUGAGAACACAUACCAAUAGACGGAACGUGCGGAAGCGAGGACCUGCGCCAUACUCUAAGACCUCGGUUCUGCGAGCUCCGCGGAACGCUUUGCACAGGUUUUCCUGUUUCUAGAUACAUGUAUUUGUACAUUUAACUACAACAGAGUUCCCAGAAACACACCCUUCUGCGAGGACUCGCGCGUGCCCUUCUCUCGAGUAUCUACACCAAAAUCAAAUCUACCUCUUUUGUAGGGACUAAUUAGAAGGAUAUCGUGGACUCCUUGCCUUUCGGGAGCAGCGUCCAUCGCGAGCCCGAAGUCGCACAUGGGCCUGGCUGCCAAUUAGCCAGAGCUGCCAUGAGCGGGUGGCGUUUCUAGACGACCGGAGUGGCAAUGGCUAGCGAUGGGCCCGUAGAGGGGUGGCCAACGGGGCCCCCAGCCGACGGGAUGUCGCUACCAGUGUCACGCGAAGGAGGCCCCAGGCCGGACCAGACAGCAGCUGGUGGUGGCGGUGGCGCUGGCGCGCACCUGCCGCCUGUGGGGGAAGACCAGGACCCGGCCGAGCGCUUCGGCGACCUCUUAGGCGCCGGCGAGCCCGCGGCCGCUACAGAGGCUGCAGAGGCUGCAGAGGCUGCAGAGGCUGCAGAGGCUGUAUACGGUGGUGAAGGCGGCAAGGGCGCGGGAGCCGGCGCCGGUGCAGCAGCAGCAGCAGCGGAGUCGGCAGCAGCGACGGAGUCGGCAGCAGCGGCGGAGUCGCAAGCCCGUGGGGCCGGUGUUGAUGAGGAGCCGGAGGGUUCGGUGAGGAGCCCGGCGGCGGCGGCGUUGCUGGAGGAGCAGGAGCAGGAACAGGACGUAGCGGGGGCACACACGGGCUCAGCUACGCGUGCCCUAGCAGCCCCAGCGGCGGCAGGCGAGGUGGUGGCAGGCGAAGCGUCGACGGCUGGCAAGGGAGGGGCAGGCGAGGCAGGAGCGGCGCCGGAGGCGGUCGGCAGCGUUCCUAGCCUCCACUCGGUGUAUGCCGCCGAGGCGGAGGCGUCCGGUGGUGGUGACGGUGGUGACCCGGCGGGUGGCAGCGGGCGCGGCAGCGGACGACAACACGCAGCGCCGCCGGUGCUCCCGGACCCUGCUGCUGCUGCUGCUGCUGGCAGCGGCCGCGGCGGCGAUGCUGGCGUUGGCGGCGGCGGCGAUGGGCAGGAGGCGGGCCCGGAGGCGGGUCUGGAGGCGGGUCCGGAGGCUGAGGAGGUGUUGGCGCCCGAGACGAUCGCGCAAAGGCUCAUGACACAAAUCACGGGACGCUCCAGCGCGCGUGCAUCACAGGAGGGCGAAGGCGCCGGCGGCGGCGGCGCCUCCCGCCCAGGCAGCGCCACGGUUGCUGGCGGCGGCGGCGGCGGUGGCGACGGCCGGAGUCGCCCGGGAAGCGGCAACGCCACAGCCCGCGGCGGCAGUCGACCCAGCAGCAGUGGCGUCAACGCCGCUGGCGGCGGCGGCCGCGCCAGCAGUCGCCUAAGUGGCUCCAACGUGAGCCGGCCCGCCAGCGGCACCGCCGCCACCGCCACCGCUGCUGUCGUGGCGGCGGCGCCGCCGUCGCCGACCUCAGUAACGCCGGCGCCGCCGGACUCGCUGGCGCCGUCGCUGUCGGUCAGUCGGGCGGGCACGGCGCCGUCGGCGGAAAUGGCGGCGGCGGCGGCGGCGCGCCACGCGCCGUUGCCGGCCGCGCGGGCUGGCGUCGCCGCCUCCUCCUCCGUGUUCGUCGGUGCCGCCGCUGCCCGGCUCGCGUCGCCCAGUGCUGAGAAGCUGCGCGCGUUUGAUACGGGCGGCUACGGCGGCCCGGGGGGCCACGGUCAGGGUCAGGGUCAGGGUCCGCAGCUUGGGGGGCUACAGGGCUUGCAGGGGCAUGGCCAGCCCAGGGACGCGCACCAGGCGCACCAGGGGCAUCGGCGCUCCACGGGGGCCAGCGGCGUCGGCGCGCCCGCGGGUGAGACCGGCUACGCUGUGUCUGCCGUCAGUGCCGUCAGUACCGGCGGCGGCGGCGGCGGCGGCGGCGGCGGCGGCGGCGGCGGCGUCCGCGUGUCGCAGCACGGCGGCGGCGGCGGCAGCGCCGGCAGCGGCCGCGGGCCAUUGGUGGGCCCUUUCGUGGAGCGCGGCGGCGCCAGCGGCGGCAGUGCUGGCGGCGACGGCGGCGUGGGCGGCGGCGGCGGCAGCGCCGGCGGCGUGGGCGGGAAUGGGUUGUUCGGGCCGGCGGCGGGCCGGCGGCCGGGCCCGGCGUCGCAUGGAUCGCCGGUAAUGGGCUCACCGACGCGGCAGGCGGCGGCGGCCGCGGCGGCGGCGGUGGCGGCGGCGGCGGCGCGGGGGCAGGGCGGCUCACGUGGCAAGGCGGGGCCGCGAGACGCCACGCCUCCCUCCGACCAAGGCCCCAGCCACCUCCACCCCCACCCCGCCUACCCCCACAACAACCACAACAACAGCCACUCAACGCUGCCACCGCCGUACCCGACCCCAUCCUCGGACCCACACCAACAUGCCACCUACGCGGCCUCCCUCGCCUCCUCCGCCGGAGCCGGCGGCGUCGGGCCGCCCAUCCAACGAAGCGACCGCGACGCCGGCGGCGGCAAGCCCCGCGCCGCCGGCGGCGGCGCCGCCGCCGUCCGCGCCGCCGCCGCCGCCGCCACCACCACCACUCACUCCGCCGCCGACGUCGCACUGGCGCAGUCGCUGUUUCUGGGCGAGGCAAUACAGAUCAAAUGCAUUCAGAAAGGGGGCGCGGCGCCGGGACUCGAACCCGGGUCGCCGGCGGGGAGCGGGCAGUGGGGGGCGGCGGGUGUGCCGGGCCGGCGCGGUCGGCGCCUGCCUGCCAAUCCCUCCACCACCGCCGCGCACGCCGCCGCCACCGCGGCCUACUUUGCGGGUGUGGAGGCGGCUCUGGCUUCGGGCACGGCCGGCGGCGGCGGCGGCGGCGGCGGCGGCACAGUGCUGCUUCCCUCUGGCUUGGCUCGGCGGCUCAAGGCGGCUCGGCUGAUGGCGACGGGCCCGCCGCCCUUUGCGCGGCGGCGGCAGGACGCCCUGACGCCCCCCUCGCCCUCGGGUGUGGUGCUGGACGGCUUCAUGCUGCUGGAGGCGGCGGACGAGGACAUGCCCGAGGCGGUGCAGGAGGCGGCGCUGCCGGGCCGCGGCAUCUCGGCGGUUGAAUCCUCUGACCUGUCGUACUUCGUGUCGUUGCGGCGGUUGGAUCUGUCCGACAACCCUUUGCCUGAUCUGGCAUGUCUCACGGCGCUGCCGGCGGUGGUGUCGCUUCGGGCCGCCUCCUGCCGCCUCCAUUUGCUGGGCCGGUGGCCGGGCGGGCACGGGCAAGGCGUGCAUGGAGGGCACGGAGGGCACGCAGCAGGGCAGGGCUCUCAACAUGGCGGCGGCGGCGGCGGCGGCGGCGGAAGCGAGGGGCGGGCGCCGUCCCGCACGGGCGGUGGCGGCGGCGGCGGCGGCGCAAGCACGGGCGCGGGGGAGGCGGCAGCGGAGGGGGGUCAGGCGGAGGAGCGGGAGGGCGACGCCGCCGGCGAAGCGGCAGUACCACCCGAGCCGUCCGGCGGCUCCGCUGCUACAGCCAACAGCGCCGCCGAUGCUACAGCCGCCGCGGAGGCGCUGCUGGCGGGCGGCGGCGGGCUGUCGCUACAGCCGCUACAGCCACUGGCCCUGCAGCCCUUCGUCUUCCUUGAGGUCUUGGAUCUGAGCUACAACCAGCUACAGCCGCACAUGGUGCUACUGCCGGGCUGCCCACUGGCGCUACUGCCGCGCCUCGUGGAGCUGGACCUCUCCCACAACAACCUGCGGCAGCUGCCCAGCCCUUCCGAGAUAUUCGCCGCGGCGGCGGCGGCGGCGGCGGUUGACGCCGCGGCGGCGGCGGCUGGCGCCGCCGGCAAGGCGGCCGCGGAGGCAGCAGAUUCAUCGGAUGCGGCGGUGGAGGCUGGUGCCGGAGCUGGGGCGGGUGCGGGUGCUGUUGGUGGGGCGUUCCCGGCGCUGCGGCGGCUUCGGUUGGCGGACAACGGCCUUCGGAGCUCAGCCCUGGCCUCCCUGGCCGCACUGGCGCCGCCGCUGCUGAUGCAUCUGGACCUAUCCAGAAACGCCAUCUCCAACGCAGACGCCGCCGCUGCCGCUGCUCCUGGCGGCGCCGGCGGCGCCUUUGCGCAAGCCUCCCAGGCCUCCUCACUCUACUCCCAGGGCCUACCGCACCCUCAGCACUCGAACGCUUCGCACCACUCACAGCACUCACAGCAACAGCAGCAGCAGCAGCAGCAGCAGCAGCAGCCGCAAACUAAUGCGCUGAUGGCGGGACUGACGUCCGAGGCCACGGCGGCGGCGGCGGCGGCGCUGGCGGCCGGGCUGCCGCGGCUGACGAUCUGCGAUCUGUCGUACAACCGAGUGGGCAGCGAGGCGGCGGUGGCGGCGCUGCUGGCGGCGCCGGGGCUGCAGACGCUGCUGCUGGCGGGGAACCCCAUGGCGGCGGCGGCCGCGGCGGCGGCGGUGGCGGCGGCGGCGGCGCGGGGGCAGGGCGGCUCACGUGGCAAGGCGGGGCCGCGAGACGCCACGCCUCCCUCCGACCAAGGCCCCAGCCACCUCCACCCCCACCCCGCCUACCCCCACAACAACCACAACAACAGCCACUCAACGCUGCCACCGCCGUACCCGACCCCAUCCUCGGACCCACACCAACAUGCCACCUACGCGGCCUCCCUCGCCUCCUCCGCCGGAGCCGGCGGCGUCGGGCCGCCCAUCCAACGAAGCGACCGCGACGCCGGCGGCGGCAAGCCCCGCGCCGCCGGCGGCGGCGCCGCCGCCGUCCGCGCCGCCGCCGCCGCCGCCACCACCACCACUCACUCCGCCGCCGACGUCGCACUGGCGCAGUCGCUGUUUCUGGGCGAGGCAAUACAGAUCAAAUGCAUUCAGAAAGGGGGCGCGGCGCCGGGACUCGAACCCGGGUCGCCGGCGGGGAGCGGGCAGUGGGGGGCGGCGGGUGUGCCGGGCCGGCGCGGUCGGCGCCUGCCUGCCAAUCCCUCCACCACCGCCGCGCACGCCGCCGCCACCGCGGCCUACUUUGCGGGUGUGGAGGCGGCUCUGGCUUCGGGCACGGCCGGCGGCGGCGGCGGCGGCGGCGGCGGCACAGUGCUGCUUCCCUCUGGCUUGGCUCGGCGGCUCAAGGCGGCUCGGCUGAUGGCGACGGGCCCGCCGCCCUUUGCGCGGCGGCGGCAGGACGCCCUGACGCCCCCCUCGCCCUCGGGUGUGGUGCUGGACGGCUUCAUGCUGCUGGAGGCGGCGGACGAGGACAUGCCCGAGGCGGUGCAGGAGGCGGCGCUGCCGGGCCGCGGCAUCUCGGCGGUUGAAUCCUCUGACCUGUCGUACUUCGUGUCGUUGCGGCGGUUGGAUCUGUCCGACAACCCUUUGCCUGAUCUGGCAUGUCUCACGGCGCUGCCGGCGGUGGUGUCGCUUCGGGCCGCCUCCUGCCGCCUCCAUUUGCUGGGCCGGUGGCCGGGCGGGCACGGGCAAGGCGUGCAUGGAGGGCACGGAGGGCACGCAGCAGGGCAGGGCUCUCAACAUGGCGGCGGCGGCGGCGGCGGCGGCGGAAGCGAGGGGCGGGCGCCGUCCCGCACGGGCGGUGGCGGCGGCGGCGGCGGCGCAAGCACGGGCGCGGGGGAGGCGGCAGCGGAGGGGGGUCAGGCGGAGGAGCGGGAGGGCGACGCCGCCGGCGAAGCGGCAGUACCACCCGAGCCGUCCGGCGGCUCCGCUGCUACAGCCAACAGCGCCGCCGAUGCUACAGCCGCCGCGGAGGCGCUGCUGGCGGGCGGCGGCGGGCUGUCGCUACAGCCGCUACAGCCACUGGCCCUGCAGCCCUUCGUCUUCCUUGAGGUCUUGGAUCUGAGCUACAACCAGCUACAGCCGCACAUGGUGCUACUGCCGGGCUGCCCACUGGCGCUACUGCCGCGCCUCGUGGAGCUGGACCUCUCCCACAACAACCUGCGGCAGCUGCCCAGCCCUUCCGAGAUAUUCGCCGCGGCGGCGGCGGCGGCGGCGGUUGACGCCGCGGCGGCGGCGGCUGGCGCCGCCGGCAAGGCGGCCGCGGAGGCAGCAGAUUCAUCGGAUGCGGCGGUGGAGGCUGGUGCCGGAGCUGGGGCGGGUGCGGGUGCUGUUGGUGGGGCGUUCCCGGCGCUGCGGCGGCUUCGGUUGGCGGACAACGGCCUUCGGAGCUCAGCCCUGGCCUCCCUGGCCGCACUGGCGCCGCCGCUGCUGAUGCAUCUGGACCUAUCCAGAAACGCCAUCUCCAACGCAGACGCCGCCGCUGCCGCUGCUCCUGGCGGCGCCGGCGGCGCCUUUGCGCAAGCCUCCCAGGCCUCCUCACUCUACUCCCAGGGCCUACCGCACCCUCAGCACUCGAACGCUUCGCACCACUCACAGCACUCACAGCAACAGCAGCAGCAGCAGCAGCAGCAGCAGCAGCCGCAAACUAAUGCGCUGAUGGCGGGACUGACGUCCGAGGCCACGGCGGCGGCGGCGGCGGCGCUGGCGGCCGGGCUGCCGCGGCUGACGAUCUGCGAUCUGUCGUACAACCGAGUGGGCAGCGAGGCGGCGGUGGCGGCGCUGCUGGCGGCGCCGGGGCUGCAGACGCUGCUGCUGGCGGGGAACCCCAUGGUGGCGACCACGCGGCCCGGCGCCGUCGCCUCGACCAAGAUCGUGUUGGCAGCUCCCGGCGCGCCGCCGCCAAAACCAACCGUCGCCGCCUCGCUAACCGCCCGUUUCGCGCGCAUCCCGGACGCGCCCGCCAAGGCGCAAACCGCCACGCUGGCGGCGGCGGCCGCCGCCGCCAUUACUAAUGCCGUGCAGCCCGAAAGAGUAAACGAGGCGUUUGAGCGUACGGACGCGGCGAUUGAGCAGUGGCGGCUGAACACCGUAAUGGAGGAGGAUGAGGAGGAGGACGAGGAGGAGGAGGGCGAGGGCGAGGGCGUGGAGGACAACACCUUCCUGACCGGAGUGGGCAUCCAGGAGAAGCGCUCGCGGCGGAAGGGCGCGCCUAGCGCACCCAAUGAAGGCGAGGGCGAUGACGGAGACGACGACGACUUGGAGCCGGACCCAGAGCCGGAGCCGCAGCCCUCCGCAACGCGAACCGCAGCCGAGGAGGCCUCGGAAGAGCGCCCCCUGUGGGAAUCGAUCGCCGACCCCACGGAGCGGCUGGCUGUAGCACUGGGCCUGGAUCCCAUGCUACUGCCCAUGCACACGCGCGCGCUCACCACCGACGCCGCCGGCGCAAUCUCCGCCCUCAAGUUCACGCUGGCGCACCCGCUGGUGGACGCGGAUGAGGGGCUGGGCCCCGCGCCGCGCUACACCGCCACAACUGCGGCGGCGGCGCUCAAGCGCCGCGGGCAGCGCAGCCGCCAGCGGCUGGCGCCGCUGGGCGCGGCGGCGGCGGCCGCCGCCGCCGGCGCCGGCGCCGCCGCCGGAUCUGGAUCCAGCCCGCGCGCCGCCAAGAUCCAGACUGUGGAGCAGAUGCUGGAUGGAAUGAAGGGGAAGCUGGCGGCGUUGGAGGCGGCGCUGGCGGCGCAGCUGGCGGCGGCGCCGCCGGCGCCACUGCCGGCGGCGGUCCGCGCUGCGGCGGAGGCGGGUCGCGGCCGCUACGGCAUCAGCCGCCGCCGCGCCAAGUCGGCGGCGGCAGCCGCCGCCGCCGCCGCCGGCGGCGCCGCUGGUCCUACCGCCAGUGGCAGCGACAGCGAGAGCGGGGACGAAGGUGGCGGCGGCGGCGGCGACGGUGACAGUGUGGGGAGCGGUCUACCGGAUGAUGUGUUGGACGCCAUUGAGCGCGAGUCGGAUGACGAGGACGAACAGAUCCGGGCGUUGGAGGCGGAGGUCACGCCGCUGGAUCCCAUGGAGGGCAUCGUGCUCCUGGCAGACACGGUGGCGGUUGGCGGCGAGGAGGCGGACGGCCCGUCUGCUAACGGAAAUGCCAACGGUAACGGUCCCAACGGAAACAAACCGCCGCCGCCGCAGCCCGGCCGCGCUGCAAGCCCCGCGCUGCUUCCCAGCCCUGGCCUUGGCUCGGUGCAGGCAAGCCGCGCUAGCUUAACGUCCGCAUCCGUUCAGGGUGCUGGGGUGCGCUCGGCGUCGCCCGUGGGUCCCUCGGCCCGCGCCCCUCCACAACAGCAGCAGCAGCAGCAGCAGCAGCAGGGGGCGGCGCCGGGGUCGCCGCAGCGGCAGCGCGCAGGCGGUGUGUCGGUGUCGGCAGCAAACACGCAAGCCGGCGGUGGUGCGGCUGGGGCGGGCGGGAAGGCUGGUGCGGGGUUGCCGGGCGGCGCGGCGUCGGCCCUGGGGUACAGUUAGGGGGGUGAGGCGCGGGCUAGCCUCACACUGGCGCAGCAGACUCGUGUGUGUGUUAAGACUCGUGUGAACACGCGUGUGCGAGUGUGUGGAGACGCGUGUGUGCGUGUGUGGACCCGCGUGUGAGAACCGUCUGUGCUUGCCCUGGGUUUGGCUGCCACAGGCUGCCUGGUCUGCCGGGGGUGCAGUGAGAUGCAAUGUGGGACCGUGUGUGUGUGUGGGGGGGGGGGGGGGUGUUAGCGGAGGGGCGUAUGUGCGUCGGCCCCUCGCUCCGUUUUGUUCAUUGCGCGUUGGCUGUGUGUGCGGGCGUUGCAGCAGUCAGGCGGCGAGGCGCAUGCUUGUAUUCAUCUACUAGGCUGUAGGCCUGUAGCGGCGAUGCGAGGAGGAAUCAACUUGCACAGCACUGUAACAAUGGAAUCUG